CCAAAAGCAGUCAGGAGGGAUGGUGUGAUCCAGUUACAAUGUCAUGGGGCUGAUGCCUGCAGGUUAAGGUCCUGGUCCUGAGUGGAUGGUAGAUCAGCUGGAGGUGAGUGUGCUGGUGCCCUCCUGGGUUUCCCAGUCUUGCUGUCAAAGGAAAUCGCCUCCACAACCUUCCAAAGCUCCACUUGAGCACCUGCUCAGCUCAGGUUUGCUUACUUUAUUCCAGCUCAGCCCAGUAAAAGUUUAUGCCAAGGCUGAGCUGCUGGCUAGGACCUUCCUUCUCAUCUGCAGCUGGGUUUGGACACUCUGGAUCUGCUGGUUGGGUCACUGGUGUUAUCAUUUGGUCAAAGGCUGUCUCAGAUUUGGGGAGAGAAGACGUGGAGGUGUGUUAGCUGCGGUGGGACCUCUUGCUUGUGCAGCCCAGGCUCUGGUCCACUCGCCUCCAAGCAUGACUGGGGAUACUUGUGAUGGACCAGCUGUGAAGGACACCUAGGUCAACAUGCUCUGCGUUUUAGUGGCAUCUGUCUGACCUUCAAAUAAGGAAGACUGUAUGUGCCAAAUGGGAAAUAAGAUGAUGACUGCUGGUUGCUACUGCCGUUCUUGGCUGAAGGGUGGUCCUGAUUAUGUCCUGAAGGAGUGGCAGGUGAUGGGGAGGAGGAGGUUGAGGAUUAUGCGUCGAGGAAGCAGCAGAGCUGCUCAUGGGAUGUCUCCAGACUGUGGGACUGAACCGAGCCUGGAGGUUUUACCCAGGAAGGACUAGUGUUUUCAGCUGGUCACCUGGACUAAAUGAUGUGUUGGAUGAUACAAGGACACCUGGCUUUGCUAGGAGGGCUUUCGUGCUUAUGGACCACCUCUCCACAUGUUCCCUCUUGUGUCAUCCCUCCCAACAGUCUAGCUGUUGCCUCCACAUUGGUUGUAUGGCAGAAGACAUGUUGUGAGUGAUUAUCUCGUAGACAGAAAACACCACCUGGAUGUUGAAAAGGUGGGGAGAGGCACAGCUGUGAGCGUUCAUCUCCUCCUGCUCCCACCACCGUGACCUGAAAUGCUUCUGCCAUGGGAUGGCAGGGCUUGGCACAGCUGAGACAAGGUCCUGUCCCUGGGUCAGACUCCCACUGUCUCACCCAGAUGCUCUGUAAACCCAGGCAAUCAUCCCUCAGGCCGGGGUAGGACAUGCAGAUGCUUCUGAUGGUCUUCAGCCACCUUGGAACUGUUGGUGUCAACACCCAGAAGGUGUUUUUUUGGUUUUAAAGCUUCUUUGGGUGUCUCAGUCUCAGCUGUGGUUGGUGUCACAGAGCUGGGUUUCUGUUUAUUUUUGUUUCCUGUGAUCAUUCAUCAUAAAGCUGAGUCUUGUUGACAUAAGAUAAUGUCUGCCUUGCAUGGACUUCCCUCUCCUGUCCCUUCAUAACGACGUUGCCCUGAAGCUGCUCAGACUUUGCAUCGGGAGCGGUCGCCCUGCCUGCAUCCCUGCCUUGACUCAUUGACUGCUUUAAAAUGACAUCAGCGAUGAUGUGAUGUGGGGCUUAUCUGCAAGACCCCAGUGGUGCCUCUUGCUUUAUUGAGAAAUGCAGGUCAUCCCAUCGAAAACAUGCUUGAGGAGAGAAUGCAAAACCCCUGUGAUUUCAUGAUAGUGAUGGGCAGAGGUAAUUUGCUUCCUGACCUGAGGAACAGGAAAACCUCAGCAUCUUCUCUGCAGGGCACAGUGGGUUGGAGCUGUACCCGGUUUCCCCCAUCCCAGGAUGCAGCAGUACCCGAGUGCUCGUUGGGGACUGAGCUGCAUAGUUUCUGGAUGCUUUUCCAUUCCUGGAGGUAUGACAUGGGCCAUCCGUGUUAUUUUUCUACCUGUAUGGCACAUUUAAUUUCCAUAAGAAAAAAAAAAAAGAAACUUAAACAGUUCCAACCGUGUGCCAAGGGCUCCUGUGUCCUGUUAAUGAGCUGAUUACAGUGCCAGAGGGAUGUCGACGGGAGGAAAGAGCAGCCGUCCAAAGCACCUCGAAAGAAUGCCAGCAAUAGCAUCAGCAGUGAGGAUGGAGCGGCUGUGAAGCCUCCAAGAUAGGGAUGAGCGGUGGCAGGGGAGGAGGAGACACGCUUGGGGAGGAUGGACAACCCGGUGCCCGACCUCGCUGCUCUGAGAGAAGCAAAAAGCCUCAAUGCCACUGCGUGGGUGGGCGGCAGGAGCCGGGUGCCAGAGCCCACGGACCAAAUUAGUUGUGAGCAGCUGCCUUGGCGUAGCCAAAGGCUGCAAGGUCUCGGGUUGCUCCGACGCUGGAGCUAAAACUGGAUCAGCCUUUGGAAAAAGCAGGGGAGAUGGCGAGAAGCAGGAGGAGGAGCGAGGGCCGGGCUGCGGGAAGCCCAGGCAGGGAAGUCCUUUGACCAGUUGCUUUUUCUUCUCCAGCUCCAGGACUGUGAAUGUGAGAAGCAAGCAGGAAUAACUUCUCCUGGUUUAUUUUUUUUAUCCUGGUGGAGGGUUAAUCUUGCCGCUAAUGCAGCUUUUAACUUGCAAAGCGCCUUAGACGAAACCACGCCAGGAGUGUGUUUGCAAGAGAGAAACUGAAAGUGCUGAGCGGGGAGAGCAGCCGCCCUCCCAAUUUCAGCCAUCGGCCAGCUCGGGGCUGUUACAGCUCUUCCUGCCUGGAAAUAGCAGGGGGUUUCCUGGCUUCUUGGCUGGGAGGAGUAUUUAGGGGAAAAUAUAAGAGCUCUGGGGCCAUGCAGAUUUCCAUCCUGGGAACCCACAGGCGUGGAAGCAGGAGGUUUCGGCUCUUCAGUCCGUCCAUUUGAAGCCAGGAGGAGCAGCCUGGGAGCAUCCCUGGCACCAAACCACAGUAGCCGUUCAGCAGAUACGUUGGGUUUGCGUGGCUUGGCUGCGUUUGCGGCACCCGUGCGGCCUACCCAUGAGCUCGGACUUCCAGCAUUACAGUUUCAGGAUGCCGAACAUUGGGUUCCAGAACCUGCCUCUCAACAUAUACAUCGUGGUUUUUGGCACAGCCAUCUUUGUCUUCAUCCUCAGUUUGCUCUUCUGUUGCUACUUGAUCAGGCUCAGGCAUCAAGCACACAAAGAGCUUUACGCCUACAAACAGGUUAUACUCAAAGAAAAGGUGAAGGAGCUGAACCUACAUGAGAUCUGCGCUGUUUGCUUGGAGGAGUUCAAGCCCAAGGAUGAGCUGGGGAUCUGUCCCUGUAAACAUGCCUUCCACAGAAAGUGCCUCAUCAAGUGGCUGGAGGUGCGGAAAGUGUGCCCGCUCUGCAACAUGCCGGUGCUGCAGCUGGCACAGCUGCACAGCAAGCAGGACCCCGGCCCCCCCCAGGGCCCCCUCCCCGGCGCAGAGAACAUCGUAUAGCUCCACCGCCCCAGGGACUGCCCUGCCGCCGGGGGGACCCUACCGCUGGCCCGGGGGACUCGGGGACAACCAAAGCACUUCUGCACCAGCACGGAGGGACAGAGGAGGAUGCAGGUGGCCGGGCGUGGAGCCCAGAGCACUUUAUAAGGGGGCCACGUCCCUGCCGGCCGAACCAGAAGAGCCUCGCGCCCCAAAAUCCUGCCUCCGUGGAACCAUGCCGGGAUGAAGGGUUGCACACUCGAGUCCGGGCUUGAUUCCUCUCCUGGGGCGAGGAGGGGACGCGGGGUCCUCUGUGGGUGCCCUGCACGACAUCCUUCUUCCAGCACAUCCCUUCUCCAGCACCACGUCCACUGGGAAGCAGCAUGGGGCACGACGGAGCAGUUAUCGAGCAACCCAACGGUGCCCAUCAGCCUCCUGCAAGGCCAUGAUGUCCCUUCCAAACGCCCUGGUACGCUUCCUGACCCUGAUGCCCCCCGGGCCCCUCCGCCACCACCGAAAACGAUGCCCAAAAUGCGGGUGCUGGGGGUGGACCUGGAGCAUCGCAGCUGGUCCCUGCCCCCUUCUCCUCUUUGCCAUUAUUUUCAUGGGGUUACCUUUGCCUUUACAAUCCCUACCUAGAAAACUGGGUCUCGGCACCCCAGGUGCAGUGAUGCCAGGGUUUGUGCCAUGGUUGGGUGCCUCCUCGGCCCCCGCUGCUCCUCCAAAAGGGCUAACCAGGGCAGGGAAGCCGACACCGCCCAUGGGAGAUGGCAGGGUGAUAGUGGCAUGGGGGCUCGUGGGCUUUGGUUACCCCACUCACCCUCCCCAGGGAUGGCUGCCCCCCUCCUUGCCCCGAUGGGCUACCUCAGCGGGGCCAUGAGUCCCUCUGAUGGGCACAAUCCUGGCGUAAACCAUCCAUGGUGAGAGACGGUGGCUGCUGCCACCUCCUCGAAACCACAGCACAGGCUUGCUGGGGCCUGGGGGGGGGGGCUGGCAAAAAUCCUGUCCUUUGCGUUCAUCCCCUCACUUUCAGCCUGGCCCUGGGGGGUUGCUGGGCAAGGGACAGGUGAGCCGACAGCAUUUUGCCUUGCCAAAACACCCCAAGCCCAACCAUCAUCGAGUGCAAAAGCUGCUGGGGGCGGAGGAGGGAGGCUCUGCACCCCCCUCGCCUCUCUGACAACCUCAUGGGGCAAAUUCAGGUACUGUCGCAAAGGCCCUGGUGUCCCCCUCCAUCUUUUUGCAACUCUUCUUCCUGUUUUUUUUUUUUCCUUUUACGUGGGUGGGGGGGGUGUCAGUAUUACACAGCGGCGGCUUUCCUGGCCCCCCCCGGGGGCACAGGAUGGGGCGCAGGGCAGGGAAGGCUCCGGGUGUCAUCCCCUCUCCUGUAAAUACCUUGCGACUCCCGAGACUGUUUAUGGAGCGUGGAGCCUCAUAGACGUGUUUGUACACUACGAAUUCUGCAGCAGAAUAUUUUUUAAAACAUUCGCUGUUUUGUUUUGGGUUGUUGUUUUUUUUUUUGUAAGCUAUAUUUUUGUAUAUUUAAUUGCUAUUUUAAAAUUCUAAUAAUGCGUCUUUUUUGCUAAUCACACUAUUCUUAAGGAAAAACGAGGAAAGAAAAAAAAAAACCAACGGUUUGCAUGUGAUUUGACUU